UCUAAUCACAAAACCAGCAGGCUCAAGUUAAGUUAGCUGACACUAUAAAAGCCAAGCACUGGCACAAUUGGCUAUUAGUAAAUUAAAUUUCUUGAAAAACUUAGCACAAAGAGUAUCAAGAAGAAGAGAUUUGAAAAUGUUAGCUAAGCAAUUUAUCGCUGGCUACCUACUUCUGGUGCUAGUUAACACGAUUUCCGCGGAAUACGACGUGGAUGGCGUAUGUACGUUGAUUAAGGAUGGCGGCUUAAUUGGUAGCAUUGAAUCUUGUCAGAAAUAUUAUAGUUGCAACAAAGGCAAGGCAACGGCCUAUGUAUGCCCAGACGGCACUAGAUUCAGCAAGAAUUUGGAAAAAUGCGUAAGUGAGAGCAGCGUUGACUGCUACAUCGGCGCAGCGGGAGUCUGCACUGGUCGAAGUGCGGCGUUCAUUUCGAAGCCAGGCACCUGCAACGGCUGGAUCUACUGUAAGAACGAAAAGCAGGUCGGCAGCGGUAGUUGUGGUAGCAAUUUAAUUUUUCAAAAUGGUGAAUGCCGAUAUGGCGAGUGUACCGUGGAUAGUAGUAAUUUGAAUACAAACUUUACAUCGAUCUGCCAGGUUAUGCCGAACAACAAAUACUUUGGCAGCACAAAGGAGUGCAGUAAAUGGCAAAUUUGCAGGAAUGAAAAGCUGGUCGGAGGCUUUUGCAAGAAUGGUUUAGUUUAUAAUGUUAAUUUGGCUUCUUGUACCUACGCAAGUUCAAGCUCUUGCUCUCAAGUAUCUGGCAUAACCGUACAACCCGAUGCUGAAGUAUACGGAAGUUGUAAUAAUGUUAACACUAAGAAACCAUCAAAUAUAUGCAGUGACUACUUGAAAUGUGAAAAUAAUCUAUGGAAACGGUAUUCGUGCAAUAGAGGUUAUUACUUCGAUAUUACAACGAGCUCAUGUGUAGCCCGCAUCUCGGCUAUAACAACUGAUUGUGAUCGCUGUCUGUUCUCGACAAAGGAAUUUGUGAACGCUGUCGAUGAGGAAUGCCGCAAAUAUUUGGUAUGCCAAAAUGGUAUCAAAAAGACGUUCAAUUACUGUGCUACCGGGUACUACUUUGAUGAGAUCGCUGGAGGUUGUGUUAAAUCCACAGACACUGUGAGCAAGGCAUCUAAUGGGGCUUGCCAAGCAGCUACUUCUAGCGAUACAAGCUCUUCUGCUGAUAGUGACUCUAGCGAUACAAGCUCUUCUGCCGAUAGUGACUCUAGCGAUACAAGCUCUUCUGAUAACAGUGAUUCCAGCACUGAUGAAAGCGCUUCUGACGAUACUAGCGAAAAGUGAAGCCCAAAUAGUUCUAGGACUAGCUCCAAAUCUCUUCAAGCAGCAUUUUGAAUGAAUGUACUAUAA